AUGAGUGAAUCAAAAAACCCUAUUCAUAAAAAUGAGAGGAAAGCUUCCUCUUCCAACUCAACAACGUUGAAGCUAUUCGGUUUCCCAUUAAUACCAGCUAGCUCCGAAGAAGACAUGUCAGCGAAGGCCAUUCCUUGUGGCAACAAGAAGAAGAGAUUCAAAUGCCAUUUCUGUCGCCGAGAAUUUGUCAAUUCUCAAGCACUUGGUGGCCAUCAAAAUGCGCACAAGAGAGAACGCCAAAAAGCCACUCUAGCACAUUUCCAACACUUUGUUCCCCUCCUUCCCCAUCAUCAACGGUUCAUAGCAGCUUCCCCUAUUCCUACCAUGGCUACACGUGGACCAACAAGAUCAUCAGGACCGUUCAUUCAUCCACAUGGGUCACCAGCUGGUGGUGCAGAUCAUCAUAAUCCUUGGUUUCCAAGGGCAUGGGACGCAUCACAACCUUUGACCUCCGAUGUGGAGCCUAAUGAUCAGGUUUCUUUUGUGAGACCAAAUGGUGAAAGCAGGGCCAGAAAAGAGGCUUUCAUAGAAGUACAUAAUCUUGAUGGUGAUGUUGAUGUUGAUCUUAACUUGUGUUUAGCUAGCAUACCCUCCAAUUCCAGGGACAAGAGGUGA